UAUUUUUUCUUACUACAGCCUAAAUCUUUGGGGAAAAUUAGCUCAUUUAUCACUUCCAUCAUUGAAAAGAAAGGACGACAAUCCGAACAACGCAUAAAAUUUCCCAAGCUUGAAGUUCAAAGGUCAAGUAAGGUCAAUCAGGCAACUACUCUUUAUAAGGGACUGUGUCAUAAUAUUUUAGCAUUCAGCUUCAAAGCUGCAACUUGGAUUGUACCAGUUCAUUGUUCAAAUACUCUGAGAUCUCAAGAUGGCAUCUUGUAUAACAGAAAGCCACAAAGUGCACAUUAGUGCUCACAAGAGAAUCCACGAUAAAAACGACUUUGACGUGGAACCCACAGAAAAGCAGAGAAUCACAAUGUUCAGCGAAAAACCAGUCAGGAAGUCCAACAAAGAAAACAGUCUGUGUAAUAAUAUCAUGACUAUAAAGACUAAAGAAACUCAUAGUGAUAAUCAUAAAAAGCCCGAAAAGAAGGCACCAAAACAAGAGAAAGAGAAGCACGAAUUCCUGGACAAGCUGUAUGAAAUGAUGCUGAGAGACGGAUUCAUGAAGGCACGUGACCGCAAUGAGAAGGUCCUGGAGUUCUCACAUCCUGAAGAUCUGAAACAGAAAAUUGAUUUUGAAUUGGGGAGCAAAACCUCGGACGAGAAAAUACUGAGUCUGUGUCAAGAUGUCAUCAAGUACAGCGUUAAAGUCGCACACCCUAGGUUUUUUAACCAGCUGUAUGGCGGACUUGAUGAGUACAGUUUGGGAGGAUGCUGGCUGACGGAGACAAUGAAUGCCAGUCUGUACACGUACGAAGUCUCCCCCGUCUUUGCUCUCAUGGAGAGGGUGGUCAUUGAUAAAAUGCUGGGAAAAAUCGGCUUCCCGGAUGGAGAUGCCAUGUUCUGCCCUGGUGGUUCCAUAUCUAACAUGUACGCACUCAACAUUGCCAGGUUUUACCAGUAUCCCGAAGUCAAAAGGAAGGGACUGAGGGAAAUCCCUGAAAUUUGUGCCUUUACUUCAGAAAAGUGCCACUAUUCCAUAGCCAAAGGUAUAGCUUUUAUGGGAAUGGGACUUGACAAUCUCAUUUCCGUCAAGACUGACUCUAUAGGGAAAAUGAUCCCUGAAGAUCUCGAAAAGAAAAUUUUGGAAGCUAAAGAAAAAGGAAUGACCCCCUACUUUGUUAACGCUACUGCUGGGACAACCGUAUUUGGUGCUUUUGACCCCAUUGAUGAAAUUGCUGACAUUUGCAAGAAAUAUGGUAUCUGGCUGCAUGUCGAUGGUGCUUGGGGAGGUGGAGCCCUUAUGUCCAAGAAAUACCGCAGUCUUCUGAAGGGGGUGGAGAGAGCCGACUCUAUGACAUGGAACCCCCACAAACUCAUGGGAGUCCCCCAGCAGUGUUCACUCAUCUUCACAAGACACAAGGGUCUGCUUGAGCAGUGCCACUCUGCCAAUGCCGCCUACCUGUUCCAGCAGGACAAGUUCUAUGACGUCUCCUACGACACUGGAGACAAAUCCAUCCAGUGUGGACGCAAGAAUGACGUGCUGAAGUUGUGGAUCAUGUGGAAGAACAAAGGGGAUGAAGGAUUCGAGAGAGACAUUGACAAUCAGUUUGAAUGUGCCAAAUACCUUGCCGAACUAGUCAAACAACGAGAAGGCUUCGAGCUUCUUUUGGAGCCCGAAUGCACCAAUGUGUGUUUCUACUAUAUACCAGAAAGAUUGAGGGGUAAGGAGAGAACGGAAGAAUGGUGGAGUCAGAUCUCUAAAGUAGGGCCAAAAGUCAAGGAAGCCAUGAUGAAAGCUGGUUCCAUGAUGGUCGGGUACCAGCCAGAUGGACAAUUUGUGAACUUUUUCAGGAUGAUUGUCUCAAAUCUUGACAUUGUGAAAAGUGACAUGGAAUUCGUUGUCGACGAAAUCGUCAGACUCGGAAAAGAUCUUUAGCCAUUUGCCAAACCUAGGAAGCAUCAAUUUUAACUUGUAAACUCUUUUGUUAUAGACAUGAUGGCAUUUAGCUUUUCUAGACAUGACAAAUUAGUGAUAAUCUCUUAUCCAUCUAUCUCAUUCAUUUUUUUACACUAGUAUCAUCCUCACAUUUCUUGUAAAUAUUGUUAUUGAUAUUAUGUAUAUUAUGUACAUAACUCCUGAUAUUGUUAUUGUUAUGAGUUGGUAGAAAAAAUGACAAAAAAGAAUGUAAAAAAAAAA